CUUUUUCUACUAAAGUGAUGGUGCAGCAUGAAACCUCCCGGUGAAGCUACAAUAGGACGGCUGAUGAAGGCUCUCAAUGCAAUAUACAGAAAUAAUGUUGCUCGUGUACUACAAAGACACGUAGAUAUACCACAGCAAGAUGUGACACCUGAGGAGUUAAAUCAUCUUGCUGACAUGAUAGAAGGAUGUUGGCAGGAGUUUGCUUCAGUUCUUGCACCCAACCUGUUUAAAGUUACAGGAAAAAUUGCUGCCAUAAAACAUGAUUAUCCUUCUUCUGCACUCCAAGCUAAAGCUAUGCUAGAAAUUUGGUGUGACCAACUUGGUGCUACAGCCCAAUGGCACUUACUUAUUGGUGCAUUAAUUCAACGAGGACAAAGAUCUCAUGCAGAGGCUGUGUUUGGAGUAGAAGGUGUGGAGGAGAUGUUGAAAGGUACAAGAGCAAGUGGCAGGACAGACUGACAAACUCAGCAAGAAUGUACAUAUACAGACAAGGACAGAGCUGCUGUUCACUGCUUUACCGUAUGAUGGAAAUCAAAAAGUCUUGAUCUGUAGCAUGAACAGCAACUUCCUGAAGCUCUAACCAAUCAAGCAAAGAUGGAACACGAAUGUCCGAUAUAAUUUCAGUGUUG